UGGUUUCCGUCGUAUCUAUUCAAAACUCAACCCGGACUGAAUCAGUGGGGGGUUCUCUAUGGCUAGGGAUCAAGCACCGAGGUCGUCCAUGGCGUCGACGAUCAAAGCUUACUCCGUUCCUAUUGUUCUUUUCUCAAUUGCCAUCUUCUAUCAGCUUUUUGUCCUUCCUCGUUCCUUCCCCCCUUCUCACUACGACGUUUUGGGAAUAGAGAGGCAUAGCUCCAUCGCACUAGUUAAAGAGGCAUACGAAAGCUUCUCAUCCAAGUGGAACUCAGGUGCAGAAAUUCCUAGUACCAUUGAUUUUAUAAAGAUCCAGUAUGCAUAUGAGUUGCUUAGCAAUCCUUUCUUGAAAAGGGACUACGAUACAUUUGGCAUUGAUGAACAGCUUCAUGUCUUGGAAAACAUCAAACGGCAAUAUGCUGGGGAAAGUUUCUCAAGCGUAGAGCUCCCAUUACUUAAUGCUUCUCCUUCCGAUCCCAGAGAUUUAGCUUUCAAUGUUAUUACAAUGAAGGAUUUUCAGUCUUUGUUUAAUAAUUCUCACUCAUGGUUACUUCAGGUAUAUUCACUUGGGAGUGAUCGCUGUGCUCAGUUUUCUACUGCGUGGAAAACAAUUGCUACUUUAUUGGAUGGGGUUGCAAAGAAUGCUAUGGUGGAACUUGGUGAUGUUCAUCUCGCAACACUCCUUGCUGAGAGAAAGAUGAUCGGACAAGUUUUCUUUAGAAAUGGCCUUCCUUCGCUUGUUGCUUUUCCACCCAGCUGUAACUCUUUGGAUUGCUUCAUUCGGUAUGAAGGAGAUCUCACAGUUGAUGCAGUUAUGGAUUGGUUUGCAACAUCUGUGCUGAAUUUGCCUCGCAUAUACUAUUACCCAAAAGAGUCAUUGGGAGAAAAAUUUCUGGCGAAAAGUGGUCCACACAAGGUGAAAGUCAUUUUCUUCUCAAAGACAGGGGAGCGUGCUACUCCAUUUGUUCGCCAAACUGCUAAAAAUUAUUGGGCAUAUGCAUCUUUUGCAUUUGUACAAUGGAGGCUGGAGGAUUCUUCCGUUUGGUGGAAUACGUUCAAUGUGGAAUCUGCACCUGCUCUUGUAUUCUUGAAAGAUCCUGGCGUAAAACCUAUUGUGUACCAUGGACCAAUCAACAAUUCAAGACUUUUAGAUAUCAUGGAACAAAACAAGCAACUAGAACUACCCCAAUUGAGGAGUGUCUCAACGAUGCAGCUGGGUUGCGAUGCUAGAGGCCAUUCUCCUGCUGGUAAUGAUACCAUCCCAUGGUAUUGUGUUGUUCUAGCAGGAAGACAGAGCCUGGAACUCAACAAAAUGCGUGAAACCAUGUGCAGGAUUAAAGAAAUAAUGUCAAGUGAUAGCGAGUUGAAUGAAGCUGAUAAAGAUCAAACCUUAGCAUCAGCGGCAUUUGCGCUUAGGGAAAAGCGGCUGACAUUUUCUUGGCUUGAUGGCGAAGCCCAAAAGAGUUAUUGUUCGUUCUAUGUCCAAUCAGCAUCCAAUUAUGAAACUUGUGGACCGAGGAGGACAAUGAUUGACGUACCUCGUUUGUAUAUUGUGCGUUACAAAAGGAACAGUUCUGAGGCUAAUAUUACUGUCAAGAGAAAGCCAAAGCAUAUAUGGGAUGGAUUACUAGAUGAGGAUGUGGAUCCUGUAUCCCAGCUAGUUGUGACGUACAAUGGUUCAGUUGAAAUCCCACAGAUUAUGCAGUGGAUCUCAGAAAUAAUCCGGGAUGGUGACACAAGAGAUCUCCCCUUCUACAGGGCAAAAACUCCUGAGCUUGUUCCUGAGGAUUCUGAACCUAACUGGUCCAGUGGUGUUCAACGGAUCAAAAUCAAGCAGAGAAUUCUUAGCAUCUUGAGCGCAAAUUACGAUCUCUUAGGAGAUCCAAGGGUUGGUCCAAGUUUACUUCUGGCGGCAUUAUUAUCUUUUGGUACCAUCUGGCUGACUAGGAGUCAACCAAGGCACCCACGUGAGCCAAGUCAACCUGGUCAAUCUACUAACCAGGAUGAAAUUAGACCACAAGUGAGAGAGAGAAGGAGAAAUACUUCAAGCAAAAAUACACCUCCAUCCAUAACUGACCCAGAGCCAAAAGAUGCUUACCAGAUGCCACUGCCAGAUUCCGACUCCGAGUAGAUGCUGCUUGAAAGGGAAGGAUUUGAAAGAUUUGUCAUAUCUUUAUCUAACAAAAGGAAUGUGGCCAAAUAUACUGCUGAACGGUUAGUUCUAAAAAAUCUUGAGUUAGAAUGAAUUUUCUUUUAAUUUGGGGUGUAAUUUAUAACUCUCAAGAGAUUUGGUUUAAUGCUUACAUUGAGCAAUUAUUGAGAAGUUGCUGUGAUAGCUAGCCGCUCGAGGUUUUGAUGGUGGGAUUUUUAUUAAAGUUAGUAUCCAGUUCAAAUAA